CAAAGCCUAAAAUCCUUGGGAAGGCGGAAAACAUAAUAACCAACGGCUUGGCGCGGAUACGAAAGAAAUCCAACUACAUUACGAAAUGAAUAUGAAGAAACUCGUUUAGAUUGCGAUUCUUUGAUCGAUCGAUCGGUUGCGGUUAGACAAAUAGCACAAACGAAAUGGAAGCGCAGACGAGGAUUAGAAUGCUUGAGAAUUUCGUGAAGAACCAUCAAAAUUCGUUGAAAUCGUUAUUCCAGAGAAAGAGAUCAUCAAAUUCAAGCGAAGAUGGCGGCUUUGAUUCACCUGGCCUUUCCCCCAGACCCAUUCCUCAAUUAUCUCCUCUCGCAAAUUCCGUCGUUGCUCGAUGUUCCAAGAUCCUUGGAGUCCCUACCCAUGAGUUACAGCAUCAUUUCGACAUUGAGCUACCCGAGAGCGUUAAGCAACUCUUCACUUACGCUAGGAACUUCCUUGAAUUCUGCUCGUACCAAGCUCUCAAUUGUGUCACCAGGCGCCCUGAUUAUUUGAGCGAUAAGGACUUCCGUCGCUUGACCUAUGACAUGAUGCUCGCAUGGGAGGCCCCCAGCGUUGAGAUCGAUUCGCAACUCAAAGAAACUGCCUCUCCCUGUAAUCGGCAAGAAGAGGAUGAAGACGGCGCCUCACUCUUUUAUUCAAGUUCCACUAAUAUGGCUGUUCAGGUUGAUGACACAAGUACUGUUGGCCGAGAGGCUUUUGCACGCAUAGCUCCCGCUUGUACUGUUGUUGCAGAUGUAAUGACUGUCCACAAUCUUUUUGAUGCACUCACAAGUUCUUCGGGUGGUCGACUUCAUUUUCUCAUUUAUGAUAAAUACCUUCACAGCCUUGAUAAGAUUAUUAGAGCUGCAAAAAAUACAUCAGGAAGCAUAAAUCUUCAGCUUGCUGAGGGAGAGAUCAUUCUUGAUGUUGAUGGGACAGUUCCCACUCAGCCCAUUUUGCAGCAUAUUGGAAUCUCAGCGUGGCCUGGACGGUUAACAUUGACAAAUAGUGCUCUCUACUUUGAGUCAUUGGGAGUCGGUAUAUAUGAUAAAGCAGUUAGAUUUGAUCUGGCAACAGAUUUGAAACAGGUCAUAAAACCAGAAAUGACUGGACCAUUGGGUGCUCGUCUCUUUGAUAAAGCUGUGAUGUAUAAAUCAACAUCAGUAAUGGAGCCUGUUUAUUUUGAAUUUCCUGAAUUUAAAGGAAAUUCUAGACGAGAUUAUUGGUUGGAUAUAUGUCUUGAGAUCCUGCAUGCACACAAGUUUAUUAGAAAAAACAAUUUCAAAGAGACUCAGCAACUGGAAGUACUUGCAAAGGCUAUUCUUGGCAUCUUUCGAUAUCGUGCAGUCAAAGAAUCUUUCCAUAUUUUCUCAUCCCAUUACAAAACUGUACUGGCUUUUAAACUGGCUGAAAGUCUGCCGAGGGGAGAUAUGAUCUUGGAAACACUGUCAAGUCGUCUGGCACUUCUAAAUAUAACUGCUUCCCCACGCAGUGUUGAUGGAUUUUCAUAUGCAAAACAGCAAGCAAAACUUUCACCAGUUGCAUUUCUGACACUUGUUCGACUUGGUUUUACUUUACAAAAUGACUCAAAUUUUGAUGGAGAAGAAAUGGCAAUGGGAGAUCUUUGCGCUGGUGAGCCAAAUCCACUCGAGAUAGCUGUGAAACAGUCAGUAUCAGAUAUUGGAAGAGCUGAAGCUGCACAGGAAACAGUGGACAAAGUGAAGGUUGAGGGGAUUGAUACGAAUGUUGCAGUAAUGAAGGAACUGCUGUUUCCAGUUAUUGAAUUAGCUGGCCGACUUCAACUCUUGGCUUCUUGGGAAGAUCCAUUUAAAUCAAUUGUGUUUGUGACAUUAUCCUGCUACGUUAUUUUAAGGGGUUGGACCAGGUACAUAUUGCCAUGCAUUUUCAUGUGCUCUGCAGUUUUCAUGUUCUUGCGUAGGCAUUUCAACAAAAAGGAGCCGGUAAAGGCUUUCAAAGUUGAAGCUCCCCCCAAUAAAAAUGCUGUAGAGCAGCUGCUGACGUUACAGGAAGCUAUCACACAGGUUGAAGCACUCAUUCAAUCUGGCAAUAUUAUUCUCCUGAAGAUUAGAGCUCUUCUAAUUGCUGUCCUCCCACAGGCUACGGAAAGGAUUGCUCUGUUGCUGGUUCUCAUAGCUGCUAUGUUUGCAUUUGUGCCUUUGAGACACUUAACUCUGUUGGUAUUUUUAGAGGCAUUCACAAGGGAAAUGCCUUACAGGAAAGAAAGCAGUAAUAGAUGGCGGAGACGACUAAAAGAAUGGUGGAACAGGAUACCAGCAGCUCCGGUUCAGCUGAUUAAACUUGAUGAGAACAAGAAAAAGAAAUGAACACUGUUUAUAUGAAUGUCAACAUUCUCUGUAAAUUGGUGGUGCCAAUGAACAUCGGACUACUGGAGGAAGAGCUCAUACAGUGUACAGAAAGCAGUCGAGAUUUUCAAUUUUCAUUUUGGAUCCCCAUGGAAAACAAAUAUCCUGGGACGAAUUGUAUCUAAUUUACAAAUCAAUUGAAAAUCUUUUAAGCUUCUCUC